AGCAGGUCAUAACUCAUAAGUCAGUAUUUAACUGAGACAUCCUUUAGCUUGCGUGGACUGUGUAACAAGGUCAAAAUAGUCUUACUCUUUAACCACCUAGUGUCGUUAGUUUUGGAAAAUUUCAGAAAAUGGGACGAGUAUUUGUGGUUGGGGUUGGAAUGUCUAAGUUUGUAAAACCAGGAACAGGUGGUGAUUAUCCUGAUUAUGCUAAGGAAGCUCUUUGCAAUGCUUUAAAAGACGCAAACGUUACAAUUGAACAAAUACAGCGUGCGUACGUUGGCUAUGUUUAUGGGGAUUCUUGUUGUGGCCAGCGCGUUAUUUAUGAAUCUGGAAUGACUGGCAUGCCAAUUUUCAACGUAAACAAUAAUUGUUCAACUGGAGCUACAGCACUACUAACAGCCAAAGAAGCCAUAGAAUUCAAUGUCAGUGAUUGUGUACUUGCUUUGGGAUUUGAAAAAAUGGAGAGAGGAGGUUUGAAAUUCAAGUUUCACGAUAGAAGCAUACCGUUAGAAAAGCAUACUCGUAUAAUGUCUGACAUUCAUGGAGUAACCUCUGCACCUCUUCCUGCUCAAUACUUUAGCCAUGCCGGUAUGGAGCACAUGAAGAAAUAUGGAACUCGAUUAGAACAUUUUGCGAAAAUUGCUUACAAAAACCACAAUCAUUCUGUAAACAAUCCAUAUGCACAAUUUCGUGAUAGAUAUAGCUUAGAUGAAAUUUUAAAAUCUCCUAAAAUUUUUGGUUUGUUAACAAAACUGCAAUGUUGUCCAACAAGUGAUGGUGCAGCAGCUGCAGUUUUAGCUUCUGAGCACUUUGUUCGAAGUCACGGUUUGGAAAGUCGAGCAGUUGAAAUUUUGGGAAUGGAAAUGUGUACCGAUCUUCCGUCUUCAUUUGAUAAGACUUUCAUCAAUUUAGUGGGUUUUGAUAUGACCAGAACAGCUGCCCAACGCACGUUCCGGAAGGCAAACCGAAAACCUUCUGAUGUGCAAGUUGUUGAACUUCACGACUGUUUUUCAGUGAACGAGUUACUCACUUACGAGGCUUUAGGCUUGUGUGAACUUGGGAAAGCUGGCGAGAUGAUAGAUCGCGGUGACAACACUUACGGCGGAAAGUACGUAGUGAAUCCGAGCGGCGGUUUAAUAUCGAAGGGCCAUCCACUGGGAGCGACAGGUAUUGCUCAAUGUGCAGAAUUAUGCUGGCAACUUCGAGGUGAAGCAGAGAAUCGACAAGUGCAGGGAGCGAAGUUAGCAUUGCAACAUAAUCUGGGUUUAGGUGGUGCCAUUGUUGUUGCCCUUUAUGCAUUAGGGAUGCCUUCGCAAAAUAAUGACCAAACCAGAAAAGAAGUUACAAUGAGAAUUGUUGAACGUGGUUUUACAGUAGCGCCGUAUUUUAAAAUAUUGGAACAAGUUAUGUUACUGGAUGAACAAAACACCAUUGACAAAUUUAGGGGUAUUUAUGGGUUUAAAAUACAAAAGAGUACUGGCGAAGAGGAAUAUUGGCUCGUAAACACAAAAACUGGAAAGGGCACUGUUGAAUUUAACAAUAUUUCCGUUAAACCUGAUGUUACAUUCACCUCAAAAGAAGAGGAUAUUGUAGACUUGCUUACUGGAAAAAUGGACGUCCAGCAAGCGUUCUCUCAAGGAAAAAUCAAGUUACAUGGCAACAUAGAGCUCGCUUUAAAAUUAACCGAGCUUCGGAAGAUCGCACUUCACAAGCUUAAUGCAGUUCGUGCAAAAUUGUAAUUGUACCAGAGUACUGCUUGGGUUGGAGGACACAUUUGAGAGGGCAACUUGUUUAUUAUAAUAAAUAAUAUUUAUUUUAUCAACACUCAAUAACAGCAUGAGAUCAAUUUACAAUUUGUUCUAUUUUUUUAGACGUUUAAGUGAUUGAACUACAUGAAGUGUAACAAAUAAUGAUAUUUUUCUCUUGUGAGAUCAGGGGUUGAAUAAAAGCACAAAAACCCCCAACCCAGGGCACCUAGA